AUGCUUAUGUCGGGCUUUCCUGUUUCAAGCUAUACUCGAAAAGCGUUAAAAGUAAAAUUUGAAGAUAAUAGUUUCGAAGAUAGCUCGUCGAUUUCGAGUGGUAUAUCGGAGAAUUUCGAGGAUAUAUCGACCGACGACCUCACUGGCAGUUCGUUGUCCGAUUAUCCGAUGGCAGCUACAGCAGCUGCAUACGGCAAACUUGACGACUACUCAUCGCACCAGCAGUUCCAGAACAGGCAACAUGGAAAACGUAGCGCCAGCGUUUCGCAGCCGCCUAGUUCGGGUGCCCUGCGAUUACAGCAGCGCCGUCUCCUGGAACAGGAGAACAUCGACCAACUGCUCCAGAAGUGUCGCACAACUCAUCGAGGUGUUGCAUGCGGUGCACAGGUAAUUAAAAAUAUACAUUCCAGUGGUUCCUUUUUAUCCUGA